CCUUCACCCAGUGUGUGUGUGUGAGAGAGUUAACACACACACACACACACACACGCACGCAUAGCGGAACACGGGCCAGUUUCCUGUCUGAACAGUUUGGUGUCGCCCUGCUUUCUGCCUCCUGAACGACCGUCAGCACCUGCCCCGCUGACAUCAGUGUACCUGAGGAUCUGCCGACCACCCCCCUCCUCCCCAGAUGUAGAGGGAGUUGUCAUCUGCAGCAGCCGUGUACACAACUCUUGUGCUGUCCAGUGAAAUAGCCCACCAUGCGCGAGUACAAGCUAGUGGUGCUGGGAUCAGGAGGCGUGGGAAAAUCAGCACUGACAGUCCAAUUUGUGCAAGGCAUUUUUGUGGAGAAGUAUGACCCCACAAUAGAAGACUCCUACAGAAAGCAAGUCGAGGUCGACGGGCAGCAAUGUAUGCUUGAAAUCCUUGACACGGCUGGAACAGAACAGUUCACGGCUAUGAGGGACCUGUACAUGAAGAACGGCCAAGGUUUCGCUUUGGUGUACUCCAUCACAGCGCAGUCGACGUUUAACGACCUACAGGACCUCCGGGAACAGAUCCUGCGAGUAAAGGACACUGAGGACGUUCCCAUGAUCCUGGUGGGAAACAAAUGUGACCUGGAGGACGAGCGUGUGGUUGGCAAGGAGCAGGGGCAGAACCUGGCCCGUCAGUGGAACAACUGUGCCUUUUUAGAGACUUCAGCUAAAUCAAAGAUCAAUGUUAAUGAGAUUUUCUAUGAUCUGGUGCGACAGAUCAACAGAAAAACGCCGAUGGAAAAGAAGAAGACAAAAAAGAAGUCGAGUUGCACACUGCUCUAAAAUGCCCUCCCACAGUAGCUUCAGGCCAGAAACUUGUAAUGAUUAACUGUUUCCCGGUGGAUCGUGCCAGCAUUCCAAGUCCUCUCCAGAGCAUUUUGAAAAAAAAAAAAAAAAAA